CUGAAAGAUUUUGUUGGUAUGCUAACAAGAGUUGGGUUUUUUGUUUUGUUUUCUGUAUUUUUAAAAACUACUUCUACAGUUCUCGUACAGUGGAUUAUCAGAGUCCAGAAUUUUAGUUAAUGUUUUUAUUACAGGUGAAUUGAAAUAGUUUGAGUCUUGGAGAAAAAAGACACUGCCAGCAUUUGAAAAUAUAGAGUAUAAAUUAAACCCUAACUUUAGCACUUGAGGAGGAAAGUUUCAAAAAUCACCAGUCUCCCACAGUUUGUGAGAUGAGGUAUAGGCGAAAUCAGAAUCUUGCUUUCUGCUUUAUACUCUUAUUCCACACACUGUAAUUUACCCAAAGUGCAGACGAGACGUGAAGACAAGUGUGUCACCUGGGUGUGGCAAGUUCUGAAUGGAGUUGGCCUUUUUCACAUCCCACCUUUUUAUAGUAGAAAGCUUUUAUCUUUUCGUGUUACAAGAAGACCUAGAACAAGACCAAGCUGAGGCCAGUGAGAUGGGGCACCAUCUGAGAGCACUUGCCACCGAGCCUGGCCCUCAGAACCCACAAAGUGAAAGGAGAGAACCUGUUUCCCACAAGUUGUCAUCUGACCUCCACCUGAGAUCGGUGGCAUCUACACACAGAUUUUAAAGAAAUAUGUCCAGAUAACUUCUAUGUCAGUAUGUCAUUGCUCAGCCAGCAAAGGAAAGACAGGACCCAAUAGUGGAAACCAGCAAAGACAAGGUUGCAGGCCUUGAAUGUGGCAAAGCAACAACAAUGGACCUCAAGUUCAACAAUUCCAGGAAGUAUGUCUCCAUCACUGUGCCAUCCAAAACCCAGACAAUGUCACCACACAUCAAGUCAGUUGACGACGUUGUGGUGCUGGGCAUGAACCUCAGCAAGUUUAACAAGCUCACACAGUUUUUCAUAUGUGUUGCUGGAGUUUUUGUAUUUUACCUAAUUUAUGGAUACUUACAGGAGCUGAUAUUUUCAAUGGAAGGCUUUAAGCCCUAUGGCUGGUACCUUACCUUAGUGCAGUUUGCAUUCUACUCAAUAUUUGGCCUAAUAGAACUUCAGCUCAUUCAGGACAAAAGGAGAAGAAUACCAGGAAAAACCUACAUGAUAAUAGCUUUUCUAACUGUGGGUACUAUGGGCUUAUCAAACACUUCCUUGGGCUACCUGAAUUAUCCCACCCAAGUCAUCUUCAAGUGCUGCAAACUGAUUCCUGUUAUGCUAGGAGGAGUUUUUAUUCAAGGAAAGCGUUACAACCUUGCAGAUGUGUCUGCUGCAGUGUGCAUGAGCCUUGGCCUGAUCUGGUUUACCCUGGCUGACAGCACGAUUGCACCAAACUUUAAUCUGACAGGUGUGAUGCUUAUCUCUCUGGCGCUGUGUGCAGAUGCUGUCAUUGGGAACGUUCAGGAGAAAGCUAUGAAACUGCACAGUGCUUCCAACUCUGAGAUGGUUUUAUAUUCAUACUCGAUUGGUUUUGUAUACAUUUUGUUGGGAUUGUCGUGCACUAGUGGACUAGGCCCUGCAGUGACAUUUUGUUCAAAGAACCCUGUUCGAACCUAUGGCUAUGCCUUCCUCUUUUCCCUCACUGGAUACUUUGGAAUCUCAUUCGUUCUGGCUCUGAUUAAAAUCUUUGGUGCUCUUCUUGCCGUAACAGUGACAACAGGAAGAAAAGCAAUGACCAUAGUCCUUUCGUUUAUAUUCUUUGCUAAACCAUUCACAUUUCAAUGGUCCUGCGUGUGUGAUAAAGCAAACUGUGCAAGCCAGGAGGAGCAAGAGGUAUGCAGUGUCUUUGAUGGUCUCUGCUUUGUUCCUGCCUUGAGUGUUCCUGACUGGCUUCCCUCUGUGAAAUGGGACUCGAGAUGUGUAUAUAUGGUCUGGCCUGUUAGUUGUCCUUGGCAUAUUUCUCAAUGUUUACAGCAAAAAUACGGAUAAAAUAAGAUUACCAUCAGUGUACAAUCUGAUAAACAAAGCCAUGGAUGUGAAAAAGUCAAGGACAUUGGCACAGACUGUGUAGGCACUGAGGUAGCCUAUAUAAAACAGAAUCUAAGGGAAUAAUCAUUCACCAGUUGACUUUCCAAAGGACUGUGAUGAAAACCAAAGGAUCUAAAGGCUGCUGUUGAGUGAUCAGCGGUUUGUGAUGUCAGCCUCUGCAGAGCACACGUUUGACCAGCUCCCGAAACAGUCAGAGCCACUCCCAGGACAUGUUUCAAUAAAGGCAGUAUGAAGGAAAGCACUUCCUAGCAGUGUCCUGAACAUUUCACUGGAAAUGGACCGUGUUGCAAAACCGAUUGGAAAUCCCUCCAACAUGCAGCUCGGGUUGUGUAGUAGUGCACUGUUUCGUCUCCAUUCCGUUUUGGUGGUGUUAUUUAAAUUGCUUCUCUGUUAUAAGAGUGAACCGAUGAUUUAAAGUCUAGAGAAAAUAGCAUUCAUUUAUAAAUAAAAUUAUCCUUGAUUUUUUAAUGAUGUUUUAAUAAAAUUUGUUAUUGAUGAAAAUGGAGAUGAGAUGGCUUAACAUGCACUUUAAUAUUCUGAAUGCAUCCUUGUGUGUGUGCACAGGAUGAAGGGCUUCAAGGAAAUAUGCUAGGGUCACAGUGUGCCACGGUGGCUUUAAUUUGGGUUGUUUUAAUCAAAGGGCAGAAGAUAGCAUCUUAAGUUAUAUAGAAUUUUCCUAAUUCUUCAUAAAGGAUGAAAUGUGAUUUGAAGGGUUGAGAUGAAGUGGGGUGCACUUAAAACCUGGGUAGAUUUGGCAGACCUGGACAGCAUUUUUUCUCAGACUCUAAUAAAAUCUCGAUAGUCUGUUUGGGUAGCUUCGAUAUACUGAGGUUUCUUUCUAGUAGUUCUGGUUGCUAAUGAGUUCACACUCAUGGUGCUAGCAAACCUGUAGCAGCUGCCCCCUACUUCGUAGAUGGCAUCUUCUUGCUGUGUCCUCGGGUGUUCAGUUCCAACCCCUUCAUGAGGUCUGUGCCCUUGUGACUCAAUCUCCUAAUGUUGUCACUAGGGAAUUGGGAUUUUUACAAGAGAAUAUAGGAUACAUAAGUAGUUUUAAUGCCUUUCAGCAUUGAUUUUUAUUUAUUUAUUUAUUUUUUAUUUUCCAGACAGGGUUUCUCUGUAUUGUUUUUGAGGCUGUCCAGGAAACUCACUCUGUAGACUGUGCUGGCCUGGAACUCACAGAGAUCUGCCUGCCUCUGCCUCCUGAAUGCUGGGAUUAAAGGCGUGGGCCACCAAUGCCCAGCCCAGCACUGAUUUUUGUAAUUGUUGUAUAUGUCUGCUCACUUGUGUGUGUAUGUGCCCACAUUCACACAUGAGUGCAUAUGUGUAUAAAAGCUGUUACUCUUCAUUUGCAGCAUAAUCAAUAUAAUUAAAACUGUGGUUUAUGCCUCUUUAGUGGCAUCAUA